UUAGCUGGCUAACGUUAGCUAACGAGCUAAACUACACAUGCUAACGUGAACCCGCUUUACCGCACGAGGAACAACGCGUUUACAACGCGCGUCUUCAUCGCAGUAACGUUACCAAACUAACGAAGGGCUGCUGCGCCGGGCCGCGCGAUGGGCGUGUUAUCCACCUUGAUGAGGGGUCUGGUCCGAGGAGCAGAUCGAAUGUCCGAGUUCACCAGCAAGCGCGGAUCGAGGACCCACAACAAAGGACGAGGCGCAAGACCCGCCGGACUGAGGCUGUCCAGCGGGAAGUUCCUGUCCGUACGGAGCAUGAUUCCCGAGUUUGUGGUGCCGAACCUGGAGGGAUUUAAGCUGAAGCCCUACGUAUCAUAUCGCUCUCCUCGAGGAACAGAGCCUCCGGUCACGGCGCAAAGCGUCUUUUCUGACGUCGUGGCCCCCCGUGUGCAGAAAGACUUCGAAGAGGGCUCUUUCAGCAGGGAACAGCUAGAGAAAUACGGUUUUAAUCCCAAACAGGAGGGGAAGCUCUUCAAGCUGUAUCCCAAGAACUACGUGCGCUGAAGAUGGACUUAGUGUGGUGUCUGCUGUGAAGACUGAGACGUGCAGACCAACAAUGGGACUAGAAAUGUUCCUACGUGUGAUUUCUUGUUACGUGAUCAUCAGGCAAAAUAAAUCCCACCGUAUGCU